AUGUUUGACUCAGCCCCCGCGCUCUCCCCCGCUCCCCAUCCCUCACCUGAGCCAUCUGACAAUCGGCAUCAUAAGAAUCCCGGCGUUCCGGAGCUGUCGACCCGUGGGUUCGGCCGAGGACGAGGGCCUCCGUGGGCCCCACCUCGCGCAGGGAAGGGGAGGUCCGUCGCCCUGCCCUCAUCCGACGACAACUCGAUCACAGCUCGAUGGUGUUGUCUUGCCGGCAUGCCCCCUCCCCCCACUCCUCCAUGGCGGACUAUCCCACCGCCUGCUCGCUCCUUGUCCCAUCCUGUCCUGUCCUACGCCCGGCGCGCGAUUCCUUUCUUCGAUCCGAGGUCCUGCCCUCCGCCCGGACCAAGAUUCGCGGUUCCGCCCGCGAGGAGCCAGAUUCGCAGUCAAUCCGGUCCCGGACCGAGGCGGCGAUGGGUUUCACUGGCCCUGACAAAAGUCCGACGGGUAGAAAGUUCCAGCCACAGUACAGCGCCUGUCAGUCCGAGCUUCCGAACCUCUGGCAUUGUGUCUGUUGGUAGUCCACUCCUCACGAUGACGAACUCCCUCCCUCAGGUGAAUGGUACGGCAGGAGUCGCAGGACUGCGCGAGAGAACGAGAGUAGGUCAAAAUUCCGUUUAG